CUUUAUAAAAUAAGCCCCAACUUCUAACUUCACUCCACAUAUAUAUUCAUCAAAUCACCAUAAACCCUAGGUCAGCCAUUCCUUUUUCCACACACGCCGUCGUUGCAGCAAACACCGGAGCACAGAAAUGGCAAGGAUUAAACCGCAUGAGUUGAGGCAAAAGCCUAAGGCUGAUUUGCUGAAUCAGCUUAAGGAUCUCAAGGCUGAGCUCGCUCUUCUUCGUGUUGCUAAGGUUACCGGCGGUGCUCCUAACAAGCUCUCCAAGAUUAAGGUGGUGAGAUUAGGUAUUGCGCAAGUAUUGACAGUGAUGUCGCAGAAGCAGAAGUCGGCAUUGAGGGAAGCAUACAAGAAGAAGAAGUUCUUGCCACUUGAUCUUCGUCCCAAGAAGACCCGUGCCAUUCGUCGUCGCCUCACUAAGCAUCAGGCAUCUUUGAAGACCGAAAGGGAGAAGAAGAGGGAGAGGUACUAUCCCAUGAGGAAGUAUGCCAUCAAGGUGUAGGCUAGGUAUCUAUUCUCUAAGGGGGGUGUCUACAUUCCAUGAAAUUUUCGUUCUAAUGUUUUUUAAACUUAUAAAAAGUGAGCUUCAAUUAAGGACAUUAGAUGCCAGAUUUGUUCUACCUUGUGAUUUUAUCUUGCCAGCAUUUUGUAUUUUGCUAAAAUAGAAUCGUUGUUUAUGAUUGCUAAAAUAGAAUCCUUGUUUAUGAUCUA